AAAACGUACCUUCUGCACGCUCUCAGCUUAGGAGGGACCUUGAGGUAUAGACCUGGUGUAGGGCCGCGUGAAAGGGAAAAGGGAAAAACUCAAGAAGGAAGAGAAGUCGAUUUCACGGUCGGCGGAUAUAGUCCGUGGUGACCGGCAGGGCGGGCGCGCCGAACAGCAUGUCGUACUUGCUGCCGCACUUGAGAACAGGGUGGGCUGUGGACCAAGCCAUCAUCAACGAGGAGGAGAGGGUGGUGUGCCUGAGGUUCGGGCACGACCAUGACGUGACAUGCAUGCAGAUGGAUGAGGUCCUUGCGGGCAUUGCGGAGGACGUCAAAAACUUUUGCGCCAUCUACGUCGUUGACGUUUCGGAGGUGCCGGACUUCAACGACAUGUACGAGCUCUACGACCCUUGCACCGUGAUGUUCUUCUUCCGCAACAAGCACAUCAUGAUCGAUCUCGGCACGGGAAACAACAACAAGAUCUCGUGGGCGUUCAACAACAAGCAGGAGAUGAUCGACAUAAUGGAGGUCGUGUACAGGGGAGCUCGAAAGGGCAGAGGUCUGGUCGUCUCACCGAAGGACUACUCGACGAAGUACAAAUACUGACCGCGGCACCACGCCCUUGUUUCCCCUCGGUUGUCGAAGCUGUCAGCAGGCCGAAGUGGAAGAUGGGAAGUGGAGGGGGUUGGUCUUGUCUGUCUGGUUAGUGUUUUGCUGUCGAAUUUUGUUUUCGCUGCAGGGUUGGAGGGUGUAUAUAAGCAGCGGCUGCUCUUGUCGAUAGUAGUUUGGCGUGCCUACAUUAUGGGAGCCCAGAAAGUUCUCUUGUGUUUUUUCGGGCGUGGUGGAUGCCCCCGCCGUAUAUCUGGUAAUUUUUAUCGGUUUCAAUGUUUCAGCGCCUGUCAUCGGUUCAGGCGCGGACGCACACGGUUUGGCUGACUACUACUCGGGAUGUAGAGAAACUCCCUAACGUUCUGCUGGGCAUCUUCCGCUUGAGGGUGCGACGGACCGUGCCUUGUACGAGUUGAAGGGCGUGGGCGUGGGUUGGAGGCCUUCAGCGUUCGGCUUGUGAC